AUGGAUGACUGGGAUUCUGUCACCAAAAUAGGGAGCAAGACCCGCGGCAGUGGACCCAUCCGCGAGACUGUUGUUCGCGGCAAGGCCGCCCUUAAUGCUGCUCAACGUACCGGUUCCGUCAUCGGUACCGAAAAAAAGUUUACCGCAGGAAAUCUGGCCUCGAAACCCGGCGUCGAAGGACAACACCUGACCAAGGUUGACCGCAGCGAUGACAUUGUCAAACCUAACACUGUUGGGAAAGAAGUUGGCUCCGCUAUUAGCGAGCGGCGUCAAAAGAUCGAACCCAAAAUGACGCAGCGAGACUUGGCUACAAAGUGCAAUACAACGCAAAGUAUCGUUGCCGAAUUUGAGCGCGGUACCGCUGCUCCAGAUCAGAAAAUCUUGGCCAACAUGGAAAAGGUUCUAGGCAUCAAGUUACGUGGCAGUGACAUAGGUGCACCACGAUUCGGUUCAAAGAAAAAGUAG